UAUAUAUAUUGUUUGUUUUAUAAUGCUUUUCUGGUGUCUGUUUUUCGACAUUUGAUAUUUUUUAUGACUUUUCAAUGAAACAGUUCCAUUAGGCAGUCAUGGCCUUAAGGUAAGAGAGUGGGACUCCUGAUCAGAAGGUUGUCGGCAACAACUGAGGUGCCCUUUAAGUGCUCUGGGUGUACGUGUGUUCAAUACUCACUGGAUGGGUAAAAUGCAGAGGUCACAUUUUGGGUAAAGGUCACCAUAUCUGACAAAUAGGUCACUUUCACUAAUACAAAUUCAAGGGUUUAAGGGUUCCCUUAAAGGAACAGUUCACCAAAAAAUGACAAUUCUGUCAUCAUUUACUCACCCUCGACUUGUCGAAAUGAUAAAUCUCUUUGUUCUGAUGAACGCAGAGGAAGAAAUCUGUAAGAAUGCUUGAAACCAAACAGUUCUUGGCCACCCCUGACUCGUACAAUAGGAAAAAUUACAUUGGUUGUCAAAAGUGCCCUACAUUCUUUAAAAUAUCUUCUUCUGACUUUUGUGUUCGAAGGCAGUUUAUUCUACUAUGGCAGUCAAUGGUGGCCAAAAACUGUUUGGUUACAAGCAUUCUUCCAAGUAUCUUUCUCUGUUCUUAUCAGAAUGACUAUGGAGGGUCAAUAAAAGACAGAAUUUUCCAUUUUGGGUGACAGUUCUUAACUUAAGUGCUUUCAUAUGCGACCGGGCAUUGACCUCAUCCAGCGGAGCUCCAGGAAAUGACAAAAUUGUCUCAGUAAAACAGACUUAUGGUAUCAGAAACUGAAUCAUAAUGUUACACAGUCAGGUCUUCCAAGCAUGCGUGGGCACACAUCGAACUCACAAACUCAUGUGUAGGUUUUGUACAGACACCAUGUUAACAUCUGACUUUUUGCCCCGGAAUGUAUCCAGUAGUCAUUCUUUAGACAGCAGGAAUUGACCAGACCCUACACACAUCAGGAAUACAGUUGACUUUGUUGAAAAACCCUGCUAUUUAGACUCUGUGCCAGAGCUGAAAAGAGAUAUGAUGCCUCAUAUGCAGCAAUGUGGCUUCUACGUGUCACAGGUAAGUCUUAACUGAAACAGCUCUACCCUUUUCAUUUACACCCCGUUGAGGGACGUAAUUCACACUAGAUGCUGCGCUCGAUGUUCUGCAGGACCCGUCUGGCACCAGGGCUCUAUUUCCAGUAGUACUGAGGCUGCUUGGAAACGCAUUCCUUUAGUACUCGUUCUCUCUUACUUUUCGAACAGCCCGACGGCCUGGAAACCAUUUUAGAUGUCAUAUUAAUGAAAAUAAAACGAUAGUGAAUACCACUUGACAUAGCAGGGAUUUUUAACAGCCACUUUUAUAAGCACGAUAACAAGACUGAUUUUCAUGACCUGAACUUGCACUGUUAAAAUGAUGCAUUAUGGAUAAUUGUUAUUUUAUGUGAUCAAAAAUGUGUGAAACAUUUUAUAUUAAGCUUAAACAUACUCAUUACAUUUUUGUUUAGCCUACAUUAAGUUGUCUCUUGUUAGUCUAACACAUUCGGGCGGAUACAUAUGAUAGUUAUUGUGAUCUAAAGCCAGCUAUUUGUACUCUUUGUGCAAUGACCCUUUGCAAAAGUAAACCAUACUAAGGUACUAUUUGCACUAUAGUCACCACGAAUGAUGGCCUCAUCACCAUCACCAUAACCGUAGUUUAACUAUACGGUAUGUGACCCUGGAUCACAAAACCAGUCUGACCCAUAGGCAUAUCUGUGGCUAAAGCCAACAAAACAUAUGGGUCAAUGUUAUAGAUGUUUCUUUUAUGCCAAAAAUCAUUAGGAUAUUAAGUAAAGAUCAUGUGUCAUGAAAAUUCCCUGCCAUAAAUAUAUCAAAACUUAUAUUUUGUAUGUAAUAGACUAUACUAAGGAGUUCAUUAAGACAACUUUAAAGGCAAUUUUCUCAGUAUUUAGAUUUUAUUGCACUCUCAGAUUCCAGAGUGUUAGAUAUUUACGUAAACAGAAUAUCAUUCGACUACAACCUGCAUAUUGAAAGCUGCACGGUUACUCCAGCAAAUACAGUUAAAGAGCUAGGCUUUAUAUUAGACGGCAACCUGUCAUUUAAAAAUCAUGUCUCAAAUAUCACAAAAACAGCCUUCUUCCACCUUAGAAAUGUUGUCAAAUUACAAAAUAUUUUAUGUGUUGCUGACGCAGAAAAGCUUAUUCAUGCAUUUGUGACCUCACGGCUUGACUAUUGUAAUGCUCUACUUAGUGUUUGUCCUGUAUCAUCGAUAAACAAACUACAGUUAGUUCAGAAUGCAGCUGCCAGAGUUCUUACUAGGUCAAGAAAAUACGAUCACAUAACCCCAGUUUUAUCAUCGCUUCACUGGCUACCCAUUAAGUAUCAUAUUACAAUUACUUACAAAGCCUUAAACGGUUUAGCCCCUACUUACUUAACUGAGCUUUUAUCCCAUUACAACCCAUCACGCUCUCUAAGAUCUCAAAACUCAGGACUUUUUAAAACACCAUAUCUAAAUCCACCAAAGGGGGUCGAGCUUUCUCAUACGUAGCACCUAAACUCUGGAAUAGCCUUCCUGAUACUAUUCGAGGGUCAGACACACUCUCCCAAUUUAAAUUUAGAUUAAAGACACAUCUUUUCAGCCAAGCUUUCACUUAAUGCGUAGUUAAUGAACAGCAGCUACGCUAAUCAUUCUCUUUAUUCUCUUUCUGCCUCUGCCUCGGGAUGCCCAUCCCGAGGUAGGAAGUAGUUCCACCAUGUUCAGACGACCGACAGAUGCCCAUCCCCAAUUUGAGAUUACUGCAGCUACAGCUGCAGACUGACUGACCAUCCCAGCUCCAUCUAAGGCAAUUCCACCACCAGCCAAGAGAAAUAUGACCGUCGGACCAUCCCAGCUCAGACCACUACAUCCCCAACCAAGGUGGCAGUUGAGCUCUACUGGCUCCUAGUGACGGCGGACUGAUCCAUUCCUGUCACCGAAGGGGGUGUUCAUGGGCACAGUGCGUCCCAGUGAAGCACACUGCACUAUGAUCGAGGGGGAUAUCGGCGUAUUUACACUCGGUCCGACGAUGAUCGACCAAAAAGAUCCAAAACAUCUCCCUUUCCAAAAACUUUACUGCAGGAAUGGAGGAUACCAUCUCCGCAUCCAACCCAACGGGACCGUGGACGCGAGCCGACAGGACAACGACGUUCACACUAUUUUGAAGGUAAAAGCUGUAAAGGCAGGAGUGGUGGCCAUCAGGGGUCACGAUACUGGACAAUACAUUGCAAUGGACAAAUCGGGAAAACUUUAUGGCACUGGUACAUUAAAUGAUGAAUGUUACUUCAUUGAGAAGAUCGAGGAGAACCACUACAACACGUACUGUUCACAGAGGCACCAGGAGAAUGGAGACUGGUACAUGGGGAUCAAGAAGAAUGGACGGACAAAAGACGGCUCCAAAACACACAAGGGCCAAAAUGCAAUCUACUUCCUACCAAUCCCAGUGGAUGGCAGCAUUUAGUAGGCUAAUAACCGCAACAGAUGCCCUAGAAACUACUCAAGAACAUAUAACAAUACAUUUUAUAACUGUUUAAGGUAACAUGUUUUGAUAGCUAUAAUAUCUUCGAUGCAUAACCUAUAUCUAUAUUAUAUGUAUAUUUAAAUUCAGAGAAAAAAAUAUAAGGCUAAUGUUUUUAUCAGUCAAAGUAUUUUGAUAGCAAAGAAGUCUUUGAUUCAGAAGUAUUUGAUGGAAAUUACUAUAUUUUCUUAUGUAAAUAUACUAUAUAUUAUUUGUAUUUAACAUGGUUAAGUAAAACAUAUAGAAUUAUUUUUUAAGCUGUAAGGGUUUGAAUUAUCAUUUGGCCCAAUUUACUUAAAAAAUAAUAUUUACUUAAUAAAAAUGCUGUCAAAAGGUCCUUUCUAACAAAUAGGCAUAGGCAUUUGAAUUGUUUACUUAAUAAAAGAGAAAGAAAUUCAUCCUACACUAUUUUUAAACACACAAUUAAAAAUGCAAUAAUGGGUUUAAAAAACAAGACUUCUGUGUUUUAGGAAUUUUCUGAAGAAUUCAAAUUAUGUCUAAUGUAUUUAAAGUCAGAUAGGACUGUUACCAAUACUAGACUGUAUUUUCAGCCGAAUGCAUAAACAAAACCCGGCCCGAAGUAAUGCAGUAAAAACGUUUCAAAAGUG